AGUCGAGUUGGGGCUCGUAGGUUAUUAAAAUUUAAAAUCAUUAGCUCUAUUUUUCGUUACCAUCGUCUAACCUAAUUCAGAUGCAAAUUUCUCUUUGAUACAAAUAACUCUAGAAAAUAAAUUGAACCAAAAAUAUAGUGGUAAUUUAAUUUAAUUUAAUCUAAUCUCUAAUCUCCUACAUGCUCCACUCUGCUUUUAUCGCCGGCGACGGCAGUCAAGACCGCUGUUCAUAGUUGCUUCCUUACCCGAAGAUAAGCUUGUUGAAGAAUUGAAUUUUGUUGUUUUUAGAGUUUGUUGACUAGGCCAACACUACAUCAAGAUGAGUAUUGAACCAUUCAAGCGACUAGUGAAGCUUGCUGCUCGAGCUUUUUACGAUGAUAUAACUAAAGGCGAAAAUCAGCCCAAGACGGGACGCAGUGAUAACAGAGGGAUUGCUGUGGUGGUGCUUGAUGCUUUAACCAGACGACAAUGGGUCCGGGAAGAAGAUUUAGCAAAAGAUUUAAAAUUGCACUUAAAGCAGCUUCGUAGGAUCCUGCGGUUUUUCGAGGAAGAAAAAUUGGUUACACGAGAUCAUAGGAAAGAGACAGCUAAAGGAGCUAAGAUUUAUAGUGCUGCCGUAGCUGCGACAGCUGAUAGUCAACACACUGGAAAGGGAGAUGACAAGAUAAAGUUACACACUCACUCUUACUGCUGUCUGGAUUAUGCACAGAUAUAUGAUGUUGUUAGGUACAGACUGCAUCGGUUGAAGAAACAGCUAAAGGAUGAAUUGGAUAAUAAGAAUACCAUGCAAGAGUAUAUAUGCCCUAACUGUGCUAGAAGGUACAACGCUUUGGAUGCACUUCAAUUGAUUUCUCUUGAUGAUGAAUACUUUCACUGCGAGAAUUGCAAUGGAGAACUUGUGGCAGAGAGUGACAAGUUGGCCUCUCAAGAAGGAGGAGAUGGCGAUGAUGGUGCAAAGAGGCGACGGCGUGAACAAUUAAAAGACGUCCUUCAAAGAAUGGAGGAUCAACUUAAGCCAUUGAUGGAUCAACUUAACAGAGUGAAAGAUCUGGCUGUUCCUGAAUUUGGAAGCCUUCAAGCAUGGGAAGCACGAGCAAGUGCUGCUGCACGUGCAGCGAAUGGUGAUGCUGGUUCCAAUGAUCCCUCCAAGUCUUCACAGGGAGGUUAUAGUGGAACACCAAUGCCAUUUCUUGGGGAGACUAAGGUUGAAGUUGCUUUCUCUGGUGUUGGGGGCAAGGAAGAAGAUGUCAAACCAGAGAUUGAAGGUUCCCUGAAAGUUUUACCACCAUGGAUGAUCAAGCAGGGAAUGAACCUUACAAAAGAACAACGUGGACUGAGCGUCAAGCAGGAGUCAAAGAUGGAUGGCAGUUCAGCAGCGCCAGAUAUGCCAGAUGACAAAAAGGGCACUAACAAUGGUGAUAGCACUACUCAGUAUCAGGAUGAGUAUGUUAAAGCUUAUUAUGCUGCAUUGCUUAAGCAACAACAAGAACUAGAAGAAGCUAGUAAGCAGCAAGAGUCAUCACAGACGCCCCUUUCUAACGGUGUUUCUGAAAUGCCCUCUAAUCGUCAAGUGGGCAUGAAGUCCAAACAUGAGGAAGAUGAAGGGGAAGAUGAUGUUGAAUGGGAAGUGGGCCCGGCAGGAGGCGAUGCAACCGAAAGCUACAAGGUUGACUUGAAUGUUGAAGCUGAACCUUCAGGAGAUGACGAGGAUGAUAUAGAUUGGGAAGAAGGUUGAAUGUUAAACUAGUUGACUUAUAUAAAAUGGUUGAGAAUAAUUUUACAAAUUGAAUCUGAUAGAUUACUAAUGUUUCAUGUAAUUUUUUUGCUUUUCGUAAACAUUUUAUUUUCUCUUCGCUGAGUUUAAGAUGAUGUUUAUUGAGGACUAGCAUAGGCACUUUCUUGUGCAUUGUAGAUUAUGUAUGUUUUUGGUUGUAUACUAUUUGGCACAUCACCCGGUCAUGAUAAAUGUAAGUAGCUGUACCAGAGGAUUUAUUUUUCUUAA